UAUCAUCAAACCAAUUCCAUCGACACUUUUAAUGGCCACGCGUCAUCUCCUUCCCCUUCCGCCCUUUUUCAGAAGCCUCGCUCGCAAUCGCCCGCUCACUCGACUCUUCUUCUCCAAUUCAACAAUGGCAUCUCCUCCAUCGAAGAAGGUGCUAGUUCCGAUCGCCAAUGGCACGGAGCCACUGGAAGCUGUGGUCACCAUCGAUGUUCUUCGUAGAGCCGGGGCUGAAGUUACUGUCGCUUCGGUAGAGAAGAAUCUAAGAGUGGAUGCUUCCUUGGGGAUCAAGCUUGUCGCCGAUGCUCUCGUUGUUGACUGUGAGGACUCCUCGUUUGACCUCAUUUCCCUUCCGGGAGGGAUGCCCGGUGCGGAGAGGCUUAGGGAUUGUGGUGUGCUGGAAAGCAUUGUGAAGCGGCAUGCUGAGAAGGGGGGUUUGUAUGCGGCGAUAUGUGCUGCGCCGGCUGUUGCGCUUGGAUCCUGGGGUUUGCUCAAGGGAUUAAAGGCGACUUGUUAUCCCUCAGUAAUGGAUAAAAUGCCUUCUGAUGUAACUAAAGUUGAAUCGAGGGUGGUAGUGGAUGGACGGGCUGUUACCAGUCGAGGGCCAGGGACGGCAAUAGAGUUUGCUCUGAGUUUGGUAGAGCAGUUAUAUGGGAAAGAUAAAGCUGAUGAGGUCGCUGGACCGAUGGUAAUGCGCCCUCAUCAUAUUGAGGAGUACACAGUGACUGAACUAAACUCGGUGGGAUGGAAAUAUGAUAGUACACCACAGAUUCUGGUUCCAAUUGCCAAUGGCUCUGAGGAGAUGGAGGCUGUAAUCAUCAUCGACAUGCUCCGUAGAGCAAAUGCUAACGUCGUGGUGGCCUCUGUCGAAGAAAAACUACAGAUCAUUGCUUCCAGGAAAGUGAAAAUUGUAGCUGAUGUUCUUUUGGACGAUGCUGCUCAAAUGCAGUACGACCUUAUCAUCCUACCGGGAGGGCUUCCUGGUGCACAAGCAUUCUCUAAUUCAGAAAAGCUUGUAAAUUUAAUAAAGAAGCAGGCUGAAUCCAAUAAACCCUAUGGAGCAAUAUGUGCUUCUCCAGCAAUCGUUCUUGAGCACCAUGGCUUGCUGAAGGGCAAGAAGGCAACAGCAUUUCCAGCCUUAUGCAACAAACUUGCAGAUCCAAGCGAGUCUGAGAACCGUGUGUUGGUUGAUGGAAAUCUGAUUACAAGCCGAGGUCCAGGUACAUCAAUGGAGUUUGCGUUGGGCAUAGUGGAGAAACUAUACGGCCGUGAAAAAGCUAAAGAGCUUGCAAAAGCAAAUGUUUUUGCCUGAAGGUUAGGUCUAUUUUGUUUCUGAUAGUUUAACCAGUAUGUUCUUCAUAUGAGUGGAUGGAUAGUUAGAUGUGGCGUUUAAUAAAUACAAAGCCUAUUUCCUUGGCUUUGUAACGAGUUUCUGCUUUUCUAUUACCAAAUGCGAAGUUGUUUUAUGGGGAUUUCUUGAUAUGAGAAAUCCUUUGGAUUGGAAGCCCUGAUGCCUUCCACAGAAUGAUGAUCCAUAUGGAAUACUGUUAGGAAAUA